AUGGCUACCCCAAGCCCCCCAAGUCUCUCUAAAACCCUCUCCGAUAAGGCUAGCAACCUUCUCCACAAGGUUAACGAUGCUCAAGCCAUCUACAACCCAGUUACCCAGCUCCUAGACACCUACCUGAGCUCAGAGGAAGUCCUUGCUCUCCCAACGAGAUCACGAAAACUUCUCACUGCUCUUUGCCUUGAAUUUAAGGCAACUACCGAGCGACACUUUGAUGCCCUGAUCACAGGGCAUCACCCCCCCCGAGUCACUACGAACCCCGCCACCAACUCUCCGCUACCCCUUAUAACACCCCCUACAAGUACCCGUACUAGCCCCCCGAUCACAAAACCAGGCCCUAAGGCAACAUACACCCAAAAAGCCGCCAGCCCUAUUGAUCUUACACUAUCGAUCAAAAAGACGAAACCAAUCACCUACAUUGAUAACCGCCUGUUUGCACGUAUCGAACAAUCCCACCCUGCACGCAAAGCAGGGUCCUUUACAAUCCUUACUGCACUAAAGAAAGUACUUGGCCCAGCGGCCUCUCUCUUGAAAGAAGUCCAAGAGGUUAAAACAGGCUUUGCACUCUGUACAGGCUCGCCUAGCAAUCUAGCAGCUCUCGAGAAGGAGAAAAGCAUCAUUGCCAAUGCCAUCGGGAAUUGCAAGAUUGAAACGCAAGAAAAAUGGGACACAUACCGCCUGAGCUAUGUACCUCGGAAAGUUACAGUGCUAAACGACUCCUUCGAAAUUGACACUAUCACAGUUACAAAGGAUAUAAUUCGCAACGCUAUCAAAGAAUACUCUGGGCAGGAACUAUUACACGCUGUUCAAACUCAGGCGAGCAACACAACCGAUCAAUACCACUCCACCUGGAUAGUAGGCUUGAAAUCAGGCACUGAAGCUCUAAAGAGAACCCUCAAAAUCCUUGGAGCCAAUAUCACCGCUACCCUCUUGAUCCACAAGCCAAAAACCAUCCAAUGCACUCGCUGCUAUCAAUGGCAUAACAGCAGAUCAUGCUCCAAACCUCAAACUUGCAGACUAUGCGGUUCAAACAAGCAUUCUGAAAACGGCCACACAACCAAAUGCAAUACAGCACAUACAUGCCCUCCAAAAUGCCUUCACUGCUGCGGACCACAUCCAGCAGAUGACCCCAAUUGCCCUCUGCGCCCUAUCGCCAGUAAAAUAAAGUCCAAAUCAGAACGUCAAACUACACGCAAAACAUACAGUGAAGGCAGAACCCUAAUCUGCUUGAAAGCUGGUUGCACGAAAGCCCAGGCACCUGACUCCCAAAUGGAGAAUGAUACUACCCCCCCAACCCCCCUCACAAGCCAACCCCGCCCCAAAACCCCAACCCAAUGGUCCAACUCUCGAAAUCUACACCUCAUCUCUCCAAUCGGAAUUCCUACUCAUACAAAAGAAAACACCUUAGACCUUACUUUUCUAUCAGGACCCUAUAUAGCAUACACCUCUUUAGCUGAACACCUAGAUUGCACUUCAGACCAUAACACGUUAAAAACCUUACUUCACUGGAACUGCCAAAGUUCGAAGGCCAUCCAAAAACUUAGAUUGGACACAUUGGACGAAAAACUCUUUACAGACCUACUAGGAAUAAAUUUGACCAAUAUCGAUACCAGUACCGAAGCACUCUACACCACUGAGCUAGAUCGAUUAGCAUCAUCUCUCAUACAAGCUCUCAUAAAGGCCUACACAGACUCUGCAAAAAGAUCUACAAACGGCCCCCUUCAACAACCCUGGUGGAACGAGGACUGCACAAAGGCUGUACACAAACACAGGACUGCUAAAACUCCUGUAUCCAAGCGCUCUCUCCGGAGAACAGUCCGGAAAGCAAAACGUGCCUUCUAUAUCUCGAAAAUCGACAAAGUAGAGAACAUAAACGAUGUAUUUCGAAUAGCCAAAUGGCACCAGACUAUAGGCAUAUACCGAACCCCGCCUCUAGCAGACCCCUCAAAUUUGACCAUUGCAAACAGCAUCGAAGAGAAAAGAGAAGCAUUCGCCAGCAAUCUACUAACAAACUCGGCCGAAGUCGACGAUAUUCCUUUCGAUAUCCCAGCGAUCCCAAGUCGUUCUAUCAUCUUCCCCGACAUCGAUUUACAAGACAUAGAACUAGCUAUUCUAAAGACCGGGAACACAGCACCCGGUGCAGAUGAAAUCCCGACGAGAAUCCUACAAAUCGCAUGGCCACUAAUCAGGGAUAUAACCCUCUCCCUCUUCAAAGGGUGUUUAAACCUAGGACAUCACCCAGAAUGUUUCCGGAUAGCCACAAUCGCAAUCAUCCCUAAGCCCAAUAAGCCCGAUUAUACCAACCCAAGAUCAUACCGCCUGAUUGCUCUACUUUCAGUUCUAGGCAAAGGCCUUGAAAGACUCAUUGCGAAGAAAAUAUCAUGGCUUGCCCUAAACUACAAAGUCCUAGCAAAUCAACAGUUCGGAGCUCUACCACUGCGAUCCUCAGUAGACCUCACAUCUUGUGUCACACAUGAUAUGGAAGCAUCUUUGAAACAAGGGUUAAAAACUACACUUCUCACAAUGGACGUGAAGGGAGCUUUUGACGCAGUAUUACCAGGACGACUAGUGAACCGCCUUCGGGAACAAGGAUGGUCAAACAAAUUGGUUAAAUGGGUACAGUCCUUUGCCACCAAUCGUUACAUCAAGAUCCGACUGGACGGCGAGAUCGGCCCAAAAACAAAGCUAGAAUACGGCCUUCCCCAAGGCUCUCCAAUCUCCCCGAUCCUGUUUAUGCUCUAUACUGCGCCCCUUUUCUGGAUGGGCAAUCCACGGAAAAGAUUCGGGUACACUGACGAUAUUGCGCUACUAGCAACAUCCGAUAGCCUCCAAAAGAACUGUGAUACUCUUCAAGCAAAUAUGCAAGAAGCUCUCGAAUGGGGAAAAACCGAAGGCAUCACCUUUGACCCCAAAAAAUCUGAGCUAAUACAUUUCUACAAGGGACAUCGCACACUAACUGAAGCUCCCUCAGUACACACUGGCUCCCUGAACAUCGAGGUGAAACCUGGUCCGCUCAGAUGGCUUGGAGUCUAUUUCGACAGAAGACUAAACUUCAAGCCACAUAUACAGAUUCUUACAGCAAAAGCCCUCAAAGGAGCUAAUGCACUAAGAUCCUUCAAUAACACAUGCCGAGGGAUACCCCCCUACUCCACCAGAAGAGUGGCUGUAGCCUGUGUACUAAAGAAAUGCUACUUUGCCUCAGAAACAUGGUGGCCAGGCCGAACCAGAUUAAAGAAGAAUGCCUCGAACAAGUCAAUUUCAAAUGUAGUGGACAGCUAUAUAAAUCUACUCAACAAAGUGAUCCUCACUUGUGCAAAAGCAAUUCUCCCGGUAUACAAAGCCACGAACACAGCGGUGCUAUACGAGGAAGCUAAACUCAGGCCCUCCGAAAUCGAGCUAAACUUAGCCUCACAAACAUAUGCUGUGCGAACCUUCAGACUAGACCCUUACCACCCUCUCAGAAUUAGAGCGAAGAGCAUGAUCAAAGCCAAAGACCAGAACCGAACUGUAGAUACAAGACUUUCAAGUUUUAUCACAGUAUUACCAAAAGCCGAAUAUAUAAAUCCAUUAGCUUUCCCUUCAUGGGAACACAAGGAAUCGAGAGCAGAAGCCGAGAUAUGUGUAGCUGGCCCGAUGGGCAGAACAAAGGCCCAAGCAGCUGACGACUUCAAGGCCUUCCAUCCUAAGAUCCCAAGGAGUGAUAUACAGAUCUUCUCGGAUGGUUCAAAAAGCGAAAGCAAGGACGGCGCCACCGGAGGUGGCUUUGUAAUCACACAAUUUGAUAUCCAAGUGGCCCAUUACUCCUUCUCACUUGGCACAAAUGCAGAGGUAUUCGACGCGGAAGCUAUGGCUGCAGUAACAAGGGCAGCAAAGGCCCUAGCGUUUCCAUCAAUCAAACUUGCUACAGACCUAUGGAUCUUCUUGGAUAACUACGAAGUAGCCCUAAGAUUAGGCUCCCAUUUCAAUGGCUUGUCUCAGGCGGUCUUCGAAGAUUUCCUGAAGCUCACACAGGCCUGGGCCGCUAGACCGAGGCUCCCACAUAUCCCCCCUGGUAAAAUAUGCAUACACUGGGUCCCAGGGCAUCUCAACAUUCCAGGCAACGAAAUGGCCGACAAAGCAGCCAAGGAAGGGGCAAAACUCCCCCCACCCCCCAACCCGGCCUCGGAUAACCAAUUGUGGAACAUAGUCAGCCCUCAGUAUUACAAAGAUCUGCAAUAUAAGCACACUUCCAAUACAAUUACUCUCUCCUUAAAAAGAGCUACACUUCACUACAUUCUUGCAGCCAGAUCACAGCAUGGAGACUUUGCGGCAUAUCACGAACGCUUCAACCACACUACAGCUCACACUCUCUGCUCAUGCGGUAAAAGGAAAACCCCGUUACACUUCUUCUUCUGCAAGAAAGGCAAAGCUUACAAAACACUUACGAAAAGCCCAUUAUCUGAAGCCAUCCCCUAG